AUACUUCAUUGUGUUGUCAUUGUUCUACAGAACCCAUUGUCUCCCCAAAUACACAACUAACUUUUUAUAUAUUAAUAUAGUUCUGAGCAUUCCGAAGACAUUCCAAUAAUCCAGAUUUUGGCCACGAAAAAACGGUCACCUUUGGCCAACUCAAGAUUGAGGACUCGAAGAUUGCUUUAAAACCUUUGGGAUUGUUGGCUCUGCUUCCAUUAUCAACGUAGGAACUCUUAUUUUGUUGAGAAAUGAAAGACAUUUCAUUGAGCUGAUCCUAAGUUCUGGGUUGAAGGUCAAGCCACUGGGACGGCCAUCUUGGUCUACAAGUUGUGGAACAUCUUCCAGUUUUUUUCGAGAGCCUUUAGGAUCGUUGGCUCUGCUUCAUCUACUCCCUUCAGCCAUCUUGGUCUACAAGUUGUGGAACGUCUUCCAGUUUUUUUUUUCGAGAGCCUUUAGGAUCGUUGGCUCUGCUUCAUUUACUCCCUUCAGAACUUUUAUUUUGUUGAGAAAUGAAAGACAUUUCAUUGAGCUGAUCCUAAAAUCUGGGUUGAAGGUCAAGCCACUGGGACGGCCAUCUUGGUCUACAAGUUGUGGAAUGUCUUCCAGGUUUUUUUUCGAGAGCCUUUAGGAUCGUUGGCUCUGCUUCGUUUACUCCCUUCAGAACUCUUAUUUUGUUGAGAAAUGAAAGACAUUUCAUUGAGCUGAUCCUAAGAUCUGGGUUGAAGGUCAAGCCACUGGGACAGCCAUCUUGGUCUACAAGUUGUGGAACAUCUUCCAGUUUUUUUUUCGAGAGCCUUUAGGAUCGUUGGCUCUGCUUCGUUUACUCCCUUCAGAACUCUUAUUUUGUUGAGAAAUUAAAGACAUUUCAUUGAGCUGAUCCUAAGUUCUGGGUUGAAGGUCAAGCCACUGGGACGGCCAUCUUGGUCUACAAGUUGUGGAAGGUCUUCAAGGUUUUUUAUUGGCUCUGCUUCCUUUAUUCACUUAGGAAUUCUCAUUUUAUUUUAGAAGUGAAAGACAUUUAAUUGAGCUCGUCCUAAGAUCUGGGUUGAAGGUCAAGUCACUAGAACGGCCACCUUGGUCUACAAGGUGUGGAAGGUCUUCAAGGUUUUUCAUUGGCUCUGCUUCCUUUAUUCAGUUCGGAACUCUCAUUUUGUUAAGAAGCGAAAUACGUUUUACUAAGCUCGUCGUAAGAUCUGGGUUCAAGGUCAAGUCACUAGAACGGCCACCUUGGUCUACAAGUUGUGGAACGUCUUCCAGGUUUUUUUCGAGAGCCUUUAGGAUCGUUGGCUCUGCUUCAUUUACUCCCUUCAGAACUUUUAUUUUGUUGAGAAAUGAAAGACUUUUCAUUGAGCUAAUCCUAAGAUCUGGGUUGAAGGUCAAGCCACUGGGACGGCCAUCUUGGUCUACAAGUUGUGGAAGGUCGUCAAGGUUUUUCAUUGGCUCUGCUUCCUUUAUUCACUUAGGAAUUCUCAUUUUAUUUUAGAAGCGAAAGACAUUUAAUUGAGCUCUUCGUAAGAUCUGGGUUCAAGGUCAAGUCACUAGAACGGCCACCUUGGUCUACAAGUUGUGGAACGUCUUCCAUGUUUUUUUCGAGAGCCUUUAGGAUCAUUGUCUCCUUCAUUUACUCCCUUCAGAACUUUUAUUUUGUUGAGAAAUUAAAGACAUUUCAUUGAGCUGAUCCUAAGUUCUGGGUUGAAGGUCAAGCCACUAGAAUGGUCACCUUGGUCUACAAGUUGUGGAAGGACUUAUUUUCAAAGAUUCUUUAGGAUCGUUGGCGUUCUUCCUUUAUUCCCUUUGGAACGCUAUAUUUUUUUGAGAACUUUAAAGACAUUUCGUUUCAAUAUUUAGGUUUAGGGUGAGGCCAAUUGUGGAAGGUCUUUGAGGUUGCCUUAUAUUUUUUGGGUUCCUUCCUUUGCUCACUUCGGAACUCCUCCUAUUGUUGAGAAUUUUGAAAUCUAUUUUUAACAAGUUGGCCGUAAUAUCUGAGAUUGGGCCAAGCCACUGGGACGGUCACCUUGGUCUUCAAGGUGUGGUAGGCCUUUGAGAUUUCCUUCGACCCUUUAGGACCAUUGGCCCUUCUUUCUUUAUUCAAUUCAAAACUCCUGUUGGGUAAGUCCAGUUGGAAUUACAGAAGGCGCCACUUGACCUUUUUAAAAGUCGGAGAAAGAAAACGCUAAGGAAUGUUGCUUGACUUUUUGGUGGAUCCGGGGUUCUGAAGUUUAGAAAAGCCUCUUUGACUGUGGUGGUCACUCCUCGUUCCUUUCCAAGUUCUAUCUCGCUGUUCCACAUUUCCUUCUCUUUUGGGUAUGGAUUUCCGAGGGAAGAAAUAUGAGCGAGGGAGUAACUGGUCAGACCCAGAGGUGGUGGAACUUCUACAGCUAUGGGGAAAUGAGUCAGUGCAGAUGGAACUGGAGAGCUGUCUUCGGAAUCAGCACGUCUUCAACCGGAUUGCCGAUGCCUUGAGGGAUAAAGGGAUCCACAGGACUGGAGACCAGUGCCGAGAGAAGAUCAAGAAGAUGAAGCUGGAGUAUCGGAGGCUGAAGGACAAUAGCAAGACCCUGCGAGGUGGAAGAGCGUGGAAGUUUUACGAAGUGAUGGACAGGGUGUUGACUCACCGUUCAACCCUUUCUUAUGGGUCUCUAGGACCCGGGGGGAUCUUGAACCAGCACGUGCUCCAGAAUUCCCUCUCUGAUGGGUUCCAUGGUCCGUUCACUCAGUAUGGUCAUUCUCAGACACACCCAGAAAUGAUGGAGAUCAAAUGUGAGGAUGUGCAGUCUGAUGAACAGUGUCUGAGUCCGGAACCCCCCUCGAUGACGUAUAUACAUGAUUCCGGGGGAGAGCAGGAAGACGAUGAACAAGGCAUGCUGGAUAGGGGAGGCCAAGACUCGCCCAUAUCGAGAGUGGAGGUCACUGCCGAGGUCAGCGUAUCCCCCUCAGGUUUUAGCGAAUCCAAUAUGGCGGGCUCCUCGGGUCAGAGCGCUCACCCGCAGUUCUGGAGGAAAAGGAAACCCCUGGAGCCCCUGGAGGACCUCGUGGCUCAGAUGCUAUUGGCCCAGCGAGCGUCAGAAGAACGUUUCCUCCAGCUGGAGGAGCGGAGGAUGGUUCAGGAGCAGGAGGCCGAGGAACGGAGGCUUCGCCUGGAGGAGCGGAGGCUGCAGCUGGACCGUCAGCACGAGCUGCGCAUGUUCACCGUCUUCGCCCAGAUGCUGGGCAUGAUCCGGCAAGGCGGAGAAGAGUCCAUACCGGUGCCGCCGCCAUCCAAUUCUGCCUUUCCACCAGAGGGCGACCUUCUGAAGAGGAGACCCUCCACAAGCAAGGUCCAGGAGCCGGAAGUAGGAGAUCUGUACAAUUGUAAGCAGUACUGCAGCCCCUUCCUGUCCGGUCGGGGGAACCUCCUGUCCGGGUUCCGGGGUUCCUCGGAGGAGGGGUACCGAGCUUAUCAUAAAGACAAGUAUGACGAGGACAAGAACCCCAAUGGCAUCAUCAACUUCGGCACCAGUGAGAACAAACUCUGCUUCGACCUGAUGUCUAAACGGCUGACCCAAAGUGACAUGAAUGUGGUUGAGCCUCCCCUGCUGCAGUACCCAGACUGGAAGGGCCAUGGAUUUUUAAGAGAAGAAGUGGCUCGUUUUUUUACUUAUUACUGUAAAUCCCCCAUUCCUUUAAAUUCCGAAAACGUUGUCAUAUUGAACGGCUGUGGCUCCUUGUUCUCCUCUCUGGCGGCUGUCCUCUGCGAUGCCGGAGAUUCCAUUCUCAUCGCCACCCCGUUCUAUGGAGGAAUCACGCAAAGUAUUUUCCUGUACAGCGGGAUUCGCUUGGCCUAUGUGCACCUGACGAGCAAGGUAACAUCUCCGGAGACUCGACCUUUCCAACUCACUGUGCAGAAGUUGGAGACGGCGCUGCAGACGGCCAGAGAGGAGGGCACCACCGUGAAGGCGCUUAUCCUGAUAAAUCCCCACAAUCCUCUGGGAGACGUCUACUCCGCUUCUGAAAUGUUGGACUUCCUGGAGUUCGCCAAAAGGCACUCCCUGCACGUCAUAGUAGAUGAGAUUUAUAUGCUGUCAGUUUUUGAUGAAUCGUCAACAUUCCACAGCGUCCUGAGCUUUGAUAAGCUUCCUGACCCUCAAAGGACCCAUGUGAUGUGGGGGAUUAGUAAGGACUUUGCUGUCUCCGGGGUGCGCUUCGGCACCCUCUACUCUCAGAACCAAGAUGUCUGCAAUGGAGUGGCGUCUCUCUGCUACUUUCAUGGGGUCUGUGGACCUGUUCAGUACAAGAUGGCUCAGCUGCUUCGUGAUCGAGACUGGAUUAACCAGACCUAUUUGCGGGUCAACCACACUCGCUUGCGGGCCGCCCAGGACUUUGUGGCGGACGAACUCCGAGCUCUUCAUGUUCCCUUCCUAAACCGAGGAGCCGGAUUUUUCAUCUGGAUUGACUUUCGGAAGUAUCUGAGGGCUCCGACCUUCGAGGAAGAAGUCAUUUUGUGGCAGCAUUUUCUGGAUAACAAAGUUCUCCUGUCCUGCGGGAAAGCCUUCGAAUGUUGUGAGCCGGGAUGGUUUCGAGUCAUCUUCUCAGACAAGACUCACCGACUGCAGCUAGGAAUGCAGCGGAUCCGGCAGGUCCUAGAAUUGAGGGAGAAGGAGCUUCAGCUGGCGCAGAGGAACCCGGCAGAAGAAGAGGGUAAGGCGGACAGCACCGACGAGGUCAUCUACGUCUCCAGCCACCGCGAACCCUCCGGCUCUAACCUGAGCGACCUCAUCGUCCAGCUCCAGCACCAGAUGCGCUCGUCGGAUUGGCUGCAGCAGAACACGGCGGAAAGCUUCGCCAAGCACAACCCGGAGGUCUUCCAGGUCUACAGCAACUACAAGGAGAAGAAGUGAACGGAAUCGCAGAGGGGGGGUCAUGUAUUUCCGGCUGAGGAUCCCUCGUUCUGACGUAAAACGCACAAGAUCUCGGUCACUGUACAGCGCUGUCCUCGCACUCUAUUGUACAUACAGACUGGUGGGCUGGCCCCACUAAUAUCAAUGACAUACAGCCAAAAGCCACAGGGAUUCGGGGCGCCCUCUGGGGCCAGAAUAGAAUAUGUAAAGCGCCGCGAUUUAGAUGUUCCCUCUUUUAUUAAAGUCCAUGUAAAGGAUA